AUGAAUUUCAGCUCGGUAAACUCGUUCAGCAUUGCUUUAUCCGUUAUAAUUUUCAUCUUGUUCACCUUUACUGUAUUCUUCGUCGCUUCAAUUAUAUGCUAUGCAUUCUACAAAGAUAAGAACCUACGAGUAUCUACAGCGGUGCCAGUCAUAAACCUUUGCUUCGCUGGUUUGUUUCUUGGAUUUGUUUCAGGAGUGUUCACGCUGGUAAUCGAUGUUAUACAGAUUAUCAAAGUUACUGAGCUUGGACACUGCGUGAAAGUUUUUACUGAAGAGUUUGCAAUCAGCGUUUACUUCCAGGCACUGUUUCUAAUAAGUUCAACAAGAUACAGUUUGGUGUUGUGUGGAAGAAAGCUCGCCCGAAUGACUGUUAAACAAACCACAUUAUGCAAUAGCAUUUCGUGGUUAAUUUCUGUUGCUUACGCGAGCCUUGUGACAUUUUUCCAGCAAGAACUUAGAGCAGAUGUGAACACAUAUUCUAGAGGGGUUGCCGCAGCACAAUUUGCAUUCCUCGGCUUUUUACAUUUCGGAACCUUGUGCAUCUAUGCUAACUUAGUAAUUUAUUUCCAUCAGAAGACGGACAUCUUACCACCCGAUUUUUACAGCUUAGACUCAAGCAGGAGACGAAUGGCAGAAAGGAAUAUUCGCGUAUCGGCCAAGAACAUUCAAAUGAUAGCUUUAAUUGUACUAACACUGUGUUCAUGUCAUCUGCCAUAUCUUGGAUGUAUUACGACUGCGAUGUUUACUGGGCAGCUGUCACACGAUGCUAAAGUAUGUGCUAUCGUUUUGAUGCAGUGCGGGAUUUUUGUUAACUUCGUUAUCUAUGGCUAUCUGAACAAGACUUUAAAACGAGUUAUUCGACCAAUGUUAUAUCGCUUGGUGGACAAAAUCACCCACAAGAGCAGAAGAAGAAAAAUCAACGAGCGACUACCGAUGAACAAUCUUUCUUACAGCAGGUUUAGUUUAAACAUUUCCAGCAAUGACACCUACGAGUUAACACGCAGUAGACUUGCAUUUUUCAACCGGUAA